AAAAAUGGCGGCAAAGGUUGACUUUUAAGGGCUUGGGAACGCAAUGACUGUGAUUGACAGGUGGCGAAUCUCAGUUACCCACAGUACUGAACAGCUGACAUGAUAAAGAGAAAAACAAUAAAUAAAUAAAACGCAAUAUUUCUGUGGUAUAUAGUCUUUAUGACACCGGAAAACUACCACCAUAAGGAUGGACAAUAAUUCUCAAUGCAGUGGAUCUUAGGAAAGACAGGCUGGGAAGUAAAGUUGGCUUUCAAAGUGCCAGAUAACUUAAAAAAUUUUUUUUAAAAGUUGCCGUGGAAACAUAACUCCCUACAGUAUGUUUUUGAAUGGUAGAGAAUAAACGUGUUUCCACGAACCAUAAAGCAGGAUAUACAUAUACGCGGAAAUUGUCUAAUUUGUGAAGGGCACUGAGUUAGAGGACUUCCGACCUCUCCGUAAGCCCCCACAGGACCGACUGAAGGCAGAAGCUUGAAUGUGACCACUUCUCACCGCGCAUGUCCGAUCUCCAACUCGAUUCCAGGGAAGUUAAAACGGUUAAUUUUUUUUCUCCUGGGUUUGGAGGCAGCCGCAAAGGAAGGCGGGGUAUUGGCGCUGAGCGACAAGUCAGAGACUUUGUGAUUGGUCGAGUCUGGGAGGACGGAAAGGGCGGCUAGCAACGGCCGGCUACUUUUUCAUUCAGUCAACAAAUAUCUCUUGAGAGCGCACCAUAAGGUAGGCGUUGUGUCCUGACAAGCCGAUUUGCUAUACUAGUUUAAAUUUACAGUUUCAACAAUUUGCUGAGAUUGAACCUGAGCUAACUCUGCCCCAGCACAUCCUCCUCUUAAUUAGGGUCACUGCCCAGCCCCUAACGCACCCCUUUCGUUUUCUAAGAGCUUCGCCGAAAGCCCGGAGGCGCGGAAUCGGAGCGGGUUCGGCAUCAACUGCAAAGCUGCGGAUGCUCCGCCUUCUAACGCCGGGCGCGAUUUGCCAGGAUCGGUGGUGACCGCGGCGUGGGGCUCGGCUGCGACCUGCUGGCGGUGGUGGCCUUGAGAGGCGAGGCAGUUGGUGGGCAGAAAGACACAGCUUUCCAUCUGAGCUUGAUAUUGAAAGAAGACAUGAAAAACACCAGUUGGAUUAGAAAGAACUGGCUCCUCGUAGCUGGGGUGUCUUUCAUAGGUGUCCAUCUUGGGACAUAUUUUAUACAGAGGGCUGCAAAACAGUCUGUAAAACCUCAAUCUGGAGGCAAACGAGAGUAUUGAACAAUGAAGUGAAAUAAAUAUUUAGAAUUACUAAUAUGUCAUGAAAUUAUUACAUGCUGACUAGCUUUGUAAACAUGGAACUAUUUAAUUUUACAACCACAAGGCUGCAUAUCCAGCCUUUGGUUCUUGUAGAAUAAUUUUUCUUUAAUAUUAAAAACCUAUGACAGGGCAAUAAACGGAAAAAUAUGAUUAACAAAAUAGAAGCUAUCUUCACAAGUUACCAGCUGAAGUAAGAUGUCUCGUUUAGAAGCUAAAAAGCCAUCCGUGUGUGAAAGUAAACCACUAACAAGGGAGAGACUCAGGACCACGCUUUCUGUCUUAAAAGGAAUCGUCGCGUCGUGCUAUGGCCCUUCAGGUCGGCUGAAGCAGCUGCACAAUGGUGCUGGAGGUCACGUGUGCACAACUUCACAGUCAUCAGCCCUGCUCCGUGGCCUUUCGGUCACCCACCCCGUAUUAAAGAUCCUGACAACUUCCAUGCAGAAUCAUGUGUCUUGCUUCAGUGACUGUGGCUUGUUCAUGGCCAUUCUUUGCUGCAACCUGAUUGAAUAUGUUGAGGGAAUAGACCUGGCACCAACCACAGUCAUUGAAUUAAAUAAGCAGCUUUUGAGCCUCUGCACCAGCUAUCUCAAGUCUGAGGCCUGUGCUUGUCGGAUCCCAGUCGACUUUAGUAGUACCCAGAUCCUCCUCUGUUUGGUGCGCAGCAUAUUAACCAGUAAACCUGCCUGCAUGCUCACCGGAAAGGAAGUAGAUCACAUCAGUGCUUUGGUUCUGAGAGCCUUUUUGCUUACAAUUCCAGAAAAGGCUGAAGACCACAUCAUUUUAGGAAAGAGUAUAAUUGUACCUUUAAAAGGGCAGAGAGUUAUAGAUUCUACUGUAUUACCCGGAAUGCUCAUUGAAACGUCAGAAGUUCAGUUGAUGAGGACGUUGCCUAUCAAAAAAUCCAGUGCCCUCAAGGUGGCGCUCUUUUGCGUGUCUUUAUCUGGAGACUUUUCUGACACUGGAGAAGGAACUUUGGCAGUCAGUUACGGAGUGUCUCUUGAAAGUGCAGUCCUGGACCAGUUGCUUAACUUAGGAAGGCAGCUGGUGUGGGACCACAUAGAUCUUGUCAUAUGCCAAAAAGUUAUACACCCAUCUUUGAAACAGUUUCUCAGUACGCACCAUGUUAUUGCCAUAGACAGAGUUGGAGUAGCUCUGAUGGAACCGCUGAGUAAAAUGACAGGAACACAGCCUAUUGGUUCCCUAGGCUCAAUCUCUCCUAGUAGUUAUGGAAGUGUGAAAGAUUUGUGCUCUGCAAAAUUUGGCUCCAAACAUUUUUUUCAUCUUAUUCCUAAUGAAGUGGCUGUCUCCAGCCUGCUCCUCUGCAACAGAAAUGACACUGCCUGGGAUGAGCUGAAGCUCACAUGUCAAACAGCACUGCAUGUCUUGCAGUUAACAAUCAAGGAACCUUUUGUGUUUUUGGGAGGUGGCUGUACUGAAACUCAUUUGGCUGCAUAUGUCAGACACAAGACUCUUAACGAGCCAGGAAGCAUUCUCAAAGAUGUUGGAUAUACUCAAACAGAACUUCAUCUAAUUGCUGAAGCAUUUUGCAGUGCUCUAGAAUCUCUCGCAGGUUCUUUAGAACAUGAUGGAGGUGAAAUUCUCACUGACAUGAAGUAUGGACACUUUUGGUCAGUUCAGUCACAUUCUCCUCCUGUAGCUAACUGGCCAGAUUUGCUUUCAAGAUGUGGUUGUGGAUUGCACAGUAACCAGGAAGAACUCAGCUGGUCUUUCUUAAGAAGCACUCAUCAUCCUUUUGUGCCGCAAAACAGCCUUCCACAUGAAGCUGCCAGCUCAGCCAACAACCUGACUUUGGACUGUUUUACUGCCAAGCUUAGUGGCCUACAGGUGGCUGUGGAGACAGCCAAUUUGAUUUUGGACCUUGCGUAUGUCAUAGAAGAUAAAAACUGAUACAAGAGAAGAACACAUUUUUCAAAUAAAAAAAAUCUAGUCAGGUGUCAAUUAAGACAAAUAUUGAAUGUAUUUGUUCUCUCCCAAAGGGCUGUUCAGCAUAUUUGGACAGAUGAUUCAUAAAGAUAUAUAGAUACAGUUAUUUAAGGAAAGCCACAAUUCCUAAAUAGAAAUGUCAUAAACUAAUAAAAAAAUGAAACAUUUUUGUUAAAGAUGUUAUAGUCAUCUUAAGGAUUCCAUAGAUACUACUGUACGUUGUUUUAAAUGUUUUUGUUGUUAUUGUUAUUUUGACAUCAUUCUAACUAUAUGUAGAAAAUUUAAAAAAAUCCUAAUCCAUUCUCUAGCUUGGACAUAAUUGUUAUGGGUAUUUUCUAUUUACUAAUAAUUACCUGUGUUUAAAGUAUAAAAUUGUAUUCUAAUGUAUCACAAAGCAUCCAGUACAUAUUGCCCAGUCAAAAAAUGUAUUCUAACUUAACAUUCAGUAAAAUUUCACUUUUCUCAAUGUCCUUUAUCUGAGACUGUAUUAUUCAGUGGUUAGGUAAUUGAUGUAGAACUGGUUUGCCAGCAUUGCUAGUUUGUAUCACAGUUCUUUAUUUUUGUUGUUUUUAAGGAAACAUGUGAUUAGAAAAAAAAAUAGACAUAUAAUAGCUAAGACUGAAAAAACUUUUUUAUGUCUUCACGUUUAAAGCUGGAGGAAGGAUGAGUUUGUCUUAGACCGGGAUUUCUUGACCUUAGCACUACUGACAUUUUGCACUAAAUAUUUCUUUGUUGUGGGAGCCAUCCUGUGCAUUGUAGGAUGUUUAGCAGCAUCCCUGGCCACUACCCACUAGGCACUAGUAGCACACCACAGCUGUGACAACCAAAAAUGUCUCCCGACAUUGCCACGUAUCCCCUGGGAAGCAAUAUUGCCUCUGGUUGAGAACCACUGUUUUAGCCUGAUGGAGAAGGAGGCAAAGUAAGGACUUCAGAGGCAGCAUAGAGAUAAGAAGUGGACGACUUAUUUCUUUAGUCAACAGUGCAAAAAAGAUACAACUCCUAUAUUCAGAGUAGAAGCACUGAUGUUUGUUUUACCAAGGAAUGUAAUUUAAAUUUUAUGGCAAGUGCGAGGUGUAUUGAUAAAUGGAAGAAGAAAUAGAGUAGAGAAACCCCGAGAGUAUGGCCCCUGGACACCCUU